AUGGCAAGAAUAAAUAAACACUCAAAUGGUGGUGACGAUGCAAGAGUAUUAGAUUCAGUUCAAACUACACCAGAAAAGCUAACAAAAGUCAAUCUAGAAAGGAAAGAACAUCCUAAAUCACUAACUCCUUCUAAUG